UCUCAAGAAUCGGUUUUACAAUUUCACAUGUGUUGGUUUAAGGACCUAGCCGACUAAUUAAUUGUCGGUCGGACUAGAGUAGAACGGAUAGCAGGGAAAGACUCGGCAAUACACACUCUCGUCAUGGCGUGUUGUUUGAGUGAAGAAGCGAAGGAGCAAAAACGGAUAAAUUGCGAAAUAGAAAAGGAACUGAGGAAGGCCAAGAGAGAUGCCAGACGGGAGUUGAAACUUCUGCUUUUAGGAACUGGAGAGUCUGGAAAGAGUACAUUCAUCAAACAGAUGAGAAUUAUCCAUGGAACUGGCUACUCCGAGGAGGACAAACGUGGCUUCAUCAAGAUUGUCUACCAGAACAUCUUUAUGGCCAUGCAUUCAAUGAUUAGGGCAAUGGACACCAUCAAGAUCGCGUUUGAAGUAGCAGAUAAUGAGGAGAAUGCCUCGAUGAUCAGACAGGUUGACUACGAGACUGUAACCACACUGGACUCUCAGUCUGUUGAAGCGAUUCAGUCAUUGUGGGCUGAUGCUGGCAUACAGGAGUGCUACGACAGGCGGAGAGAGUACCAACUCACAGACUCUGCUAAAUAUUACUUAGAUGAUGUGGACAGGAUUGCGGCACCAAACUAUCUACCCACAUUGCAAGACAUCUUACGUGUGAGGGUGCCCACAACUGGAAUUAUAGAGUAUCCUUUUGAUCUGGACAGUAUAAUAUUUAGAAUGGUGGAUGUGGGAGGACAGAGGUCUGAACGGCGCAAAUGGAUCCACUGUUUUGAAAAUGUCACGUCCAUCAUGUUUCUUGUAGCCUUAAGUGAAUAUGACCAGGUUCUUGUGGAAUCUGAUAAUGAGAAUCGAAUGGAGGAAUCGAAGGCUUUGUUUAGGACUAUAAUUACAUACCCCUGGUUCCAGAACUCCUCCGUCAUCCUCUUUCUCAACAAAAAAGACCUACUGGAGGAGAAGAUUAUGCACUCGCACCUCGUAGACUAUUUUCCAGAAUUUGAUGGGCCAAAGAAGGAUGCUCAGCUGGCUCGUGAGUUUAUAUUACGGAUGUUUGUGGAUUUAAAUCCUGAUCCAGACAAGAUAAUUUAUUCACAUUUUACGUGUGCAACAGAUACUGAAAACAUUAGGUUUGUGUUUGCGGCUGUGAAGGAUACCAUUCUGCAGCUAAAUCUAAAGGAAUACAAUUUAGUGUGAGCAGGUCAAAGGUCAGGUACGCCCACCUGCAUAGACAGUCCAUUGGUGUACAUUAACAAGGGGAGGAAACUGGUCUGGUGACCUUUGACCCCAGUCAGUAACCUCUGACCUCAUCCAAUUACCAUCUCUGACACGUGGCCUUGGCUUGAUCGACAUUGAACACACAUUUGUUACGAGCUGGUCCAUUGGUUGAUUGUGGGCCGGAUGAUCGUCAAGCUGGUGUUGUAACAGCCGGUUUUAUCUUGAACCGGUUUUAUUAACAAUUCAAAAGUCGGUUUAAUUUAAAACGGUUUUAUACAUAUAUAUACAUACAUAUAUAUAUAUAUAUAUACACAUUUAAAAGAAAACUGGUUUUUUAUGGUGAUGUGAGCCAGCAUAGUCUGGCUCAGUGCUGCAUACCAGUCCGUAUUGUCCACAUGGCUUUUUCUCCGUGUGGUUUGGAGAGGACAACCAUUGGAGAGAAGCACUAGAAGAUCUUGGGCUUAAAGAGUGUAUUGGUGUCUGAAUUCAGCUACAUGUGGUGGAUCGCCAUUUAAAUAUAAGGUGGUCAUUUUGAAUGCGUGCUAGAAAUUAAAAAAAAUCUUUUUAUUUAAAAAAAACCUGUGAUUGUUGUGACAAUUGUUGACGGUUUUGUCGAGUGACCAGUAUAUAGAACCAACGGUCAACGGCUGGACUUUGUCAAAUGACAAGUAUAUAGAACCAGCGGUUAACGGCUGGACUUUGUCAAAUGACCAGUAUAUAGGACCAGUGGUCAACGGCUGGACUUGUCAAAUGACCAGUAUAUAGGACCAGCGGUCAACGGCUGGACUUUGUCAAAUGACCAGUAUACAGGACCAGCGGUCAACGGCUGGACUUUGUCAAAUGACCAGUAUACAGGACCAGCGGUCAACGACUGGACUUUGUCAAAUGACCAGUAUACAGGACCAGCGGUCAACGGCUGGACUUUGUCAAAUGACCAGUAUACAGGACCAGCGGUCAACGGCUGGACUUUGUCAAAUGACCAGUAUACAGGACCAGCGGUCAACAGCUGGACUUUGUCAAAUGACCAGUAUAUAGGACCAGCGGUCAGCGGCUGGACUUCCAACACCAACAGUUCAACACUCGUCAGUCUGUCUUGCAGGAGAUUUCAUGUGGAUAUCAUACUGAAUGAAUUUGUGAGGAGAACAAAGUUUGAUGGUUGGAAAGAUCUGAAUAGCUGAUUGUUACAAACAUUUCAUUCUUGUUCAGUUGGACAUAACAAUUUUAAACUGAACUGAGAGAGAAAUCAUUGGAGAGAGGUUUGGAGAUUUUUUCUAGAAGGACAUCAACAGUUUCACAAUUUUAAAUACAAGAUAUAUAUCGUUUUACUAGCCAACAGUGUUUAGAUGUCUGAUUCCUAAAGCUGUUUGGCAAAUUUUACUGUAGUCAAAGAUGUCUGGUUUCUCUCAGUACCGCUGUCGUAUAACAUAAAACAUUGGGUCCCAGUCGUGCACUAUGGUAUUUGUGGAGUGAUAGGUGCAGAAAGUAUGUUCGUUUGAAUCAACACACUGCUGGGGUUGUAAGAGCUACCAGGAUGGAAGUUCUGUGCCACUUUCGUUUGUUCUUUGAUAUCUGAGUGCACUUGCUACUGUUGACUUUUGAUAGGAAACUUUCAUUUCUUGUAGUUUUAUAAAAUACAGAACUUGUUGUAUUGGUCCAGCAAAUUUGCAACAAAAUUACUGCAGGAAAAUAUGACAGUAGUGGCCUUAGAAUAACAAGAGGUUCGUGGGUAAAAAUUGACCUACUUAGAAAUCACUAUGAAGGUCACUGGUUUAAAUUGACCCAUUGACCUACUUAGAGAUCACUAUGAAGUUCACUGGUUUGAAUUGACCCAUUGACCUACUUAGAGAUCACUAUGAAGUUCACUGGUUUAAAUUGACCCAUUGACCUAUUAGAGAUCACUAUGAAGGUCACUGGUUUAAAUUGACCCAUUGACCUACUUGGAGAUCACUAUGAAGUUCACUGGUUUAAAUUGACCUACUUAGAGAUCACUACGAAGUUCACUGGUUUAAAUUGACCUACUUAGAGAUCACUACGAAGUUCACUGGUUUAAAUUGACCUACUUAGAGAUCACUUUGAAGUUCACUGGUUUAAAUGGACCCAUUUUCAUGAUUUACAUGGAGAUCACCAUGCUUUCAUAGCUUUGAUUGACAAAAAUGUGCAUCUGACUACCAAGAAAGUCGGUUGUAAACAAAUCCAAUUAAUUAGGAAUCAAAUUUGUAUGGUUACAGUAUUUACAAAUUGGUAAUGUUUAUUUUAAUGGGUUUCUUGUUUGUUUUUGCAUAAAAAUAAGGCAAAGUUCGUGAUAAAUAAAUACUCUUGUUAAGCUAAGGUGGCUUAGAUGAACUGACCAUACAAGGACUGGCUGACCACUGCAAGAUUGUGUGGAGCUGAGUGUUCACUGACCUGGGCAGCAGUGGAGCCGGUGUUAAAAGCAACAUGACUCCCCUACCACAAGGUUGAAUGCCCGAUGUACACUUUCCUGGCGGGAAAUGUGUCGUGUCAUUUGUAUGUAAUGGUAUGUGUGUGCAUAGUGCAUGUAAUUUAUUAACACCUGUGACUUAAGCAAAUCCUUCGCAAGUCUCCCUUUGCUAGCCCUGGACAGUCCAGGUACCACAAAUGGUGUAACCAAUUCCAAAGGAAAGAUCUAAACGAGUUGGAGUCGUUGGUGAGACCAUGGUGACUGGGUGGAGAGAGAGACGUGUGUUUGCAUUGUAGUAUUUACUACAGUUCUGAUGGAAUCCUUUUUCCUCUGUAAAACUGUCUUGUAGUAAAAUAACAGUGACAUUCUUCACCAAUGUCCUUACAUGCUAGGUUACUGUUUCACUGGCCGAGAGAUAGGAUUUUUAUAGUUUUUUUUAUAUAUUGGUUUUGUAAUGCUUGAGACUGAGCUAGGGUGAUAUAGUUAGUUUAUAUGUAUGUAUACAUAGCUAAACGUACGUAUAUCUAUGUAUAUAUAUGUGUAAUAUAUAUAUAUAUAUGUGUAUAGUGUGUGUGUGUAUACAAAUAGAUUUCCUGGAGGCACAUGGUUGGUCAGCCCAUAGGUUUAGACCUUUAAAAAUCUCAAAAUGAACAUAUUUGGUUAACAAUAUUUAUCAUGUUUUCAAUUUAUGUAAAUAAUUUUGAGAUAUGCUAUCAACAGAAUCAUGGUUUCUAAGGUUUGAGAUUAACACCUGAAGGAAACUUGGAGGCUGACUUGCUGCGAUGCCAAUAGUAAUGAUCUGAGGUAUGGAUGAUGUGUAUGUGUGUGGAAAGUUGAACUUGAGGGUGUAUAUACGAAGGUGUGUGUGUGUGCGUGUGCGUGCAUGCGUGCGUGUGUGUGUGUGUGUGUGUGUGUGUG